CUUGUCUUCUAAUUCCUUGGUUCAGAUCGCUAAGAAGUCAGUCUCCUGUUUUGUCUCAAGCCGAAAAUAUUAAUAUAGCCAUCAAGAUGAAGUAUUCAUACGUUCUCCUGGCUACUGCCGGCCUUGCCGCAGCCCAACAAAAGUUCACAGACGUCGUUCCCAAGUGCUCCAUCGAGUGCCUCACAAAGGCCGUAAAGGACGGCACAAAAUGCAGCAGCAUCGACGACUCUGCUUGCAUCUGCGAGGCGGACAACUACCGCAGCAUCUACACCGUCGGCGUCAACUGCGUUCUUCAAGCCUGUGGCUCUGACGUUGCUAUUGGUCAGCUCCUUCCCGCCGCUGGCAAGUUCUGCCGCGAGGUCACCGGCGGCGCCUCCGCUCCUCCCGUCGACUCUGCCUCCGCCUCUGCCUCCGCCGUCGUUUCCUCUGCCAUCGCCUCUCUGUCAUCUGCCGCCGUUUCUGCAUCUACCGCUGCCUCUAACGCGACUGCCUCCGUCUCGAUCACCGCCACGCCGACUGCCGGCGCUAGCAGCACGGCCGCCGCGGCUACCACUGCUUCUCAGGCUGGUGCUGCUCCUGCUCUGGCUUCUAUGGGUGCCCUUGGCAUGCUUGCCCUCGGUGGUCUUGCUGCUUUCUAGAGCAAUGUUCUCUGGGAAAGGAGUGACUGAGGAGCAAUGCAGAGUGUCGGAAACAAUGACUGUUACCGAGCCAGGCUGAGCGAUGUAACGGGAAAUCACUAGGCACCUGAAAUGUUCACC